AUGUUUCUUAGAACGAGAAGUUUUGUGCGUCGUGCGACGGUGACGCCGGUGCGGUUUGUGGCCAACAAGGCCGUCGCGGAGGACGUUGCCGCCCGGUAUAGAGAGAAACUGCAGCAGAAGGCGAAGGAGCUGGGUGCGGCCGACCCGGAGGAGUUGAAGCAGAAGCUGAAGGACGAGAUCGAGCAGAAGAAACGGGAAAUGAACAAGAUCGACCCGCUCAAGGAGCUCGAGGAGUACGAGAAGUCGCAGCAGAAGCGGGUCAUCAAGCAGGCCAAGGACAGAAAGCCUAUUGACCCGGCCACGCCCAAGGACCCGUACAAGACCCUGAACUCGUACCUGGACCUGGAAAAGAUCCGGGCAUUGGACAGCAAGGAGAUCGAGUUUUUGUGGAGACUGAGGUUUCAAAAGGGCGAGAACACUUUAAGUGCGGUUGUUCCCAAAAACUCUUUUGAAAGACUGCACAGAAACGCGAUCCGCAACCCAACGUUUGUGCUGCCUCUUCCGCGGGAGGACGCGCAGGUGGAGGGUGAGGCUCCGGAGGCUGGAUCGCCUGUGGAGAUUCAUUUUGUGCAAUGGAACUUUGUUGGACCAGAAACCACACAUGUACUGAUCACAUCUCUGGCCGAGUACAAGCUACACAAGGAGUUUGCCAGACCGCACACGACGGUGAUGUUCCACCAGGAGCUGAAGGACGAAAAGGACCUGAUUCUGAUGAACGGACAGGUGGAAAAAGACGCCCCGUUGACUCUCCAGGAAGCACAGCUUCUGCUUCUGAAUGUGCAAAGAUUCUACGGAGGCCUGUCGGAUAACCUGUCGGAAACAGGUAAGAAGAGAGUCCAGUUGCUGGAGCAGUUCAAUUCCGGCUCGACAGAGUUCAGCAUGGAUGAACUUAUAGAUCUUGCUCAGAGCAUGGAAAAUUAA